AUGUAUAAAUGCAUGGAUGUUAAUCGUUUUCAUUUCAUUGAAGGUGAUACUGAUUCAUCUUAUUGGGCAAUCGCUGGCGAUCCAAGUCUUCCUAACACUCAAGCAUUUCAAGCAAUUGUUACUGAUAAACAAUUUUAUGAUAAAAACAUUUACAAAUUCGCACCUUUUGAUUUCUUCUGUUUUGAUGAGAAAUUUAAACCUAAAUUAAAGAAUAAAGCUGAAGAAAAAGCACAUGAGAAGAAGUUAUUGGGUUUAGCAAUUGAGAAACAAGGUGAUAACAUGGUUGCUUUAUGCCCUAAGUGUUAUACUUCAUUCAACGGUUCAAUUGAUGGAAGUGAUUUUAAAAAGAUUGCACAAAAAAUGAAAGGUGUUAGUUUAAGACAAAAUAAGCAAUUAACACCUAAAAAUUAUUUGGAUAUAAUAAAUGAUAAAGUGAUAUUUGAUGGUCAGAAUAUUAAUUUACAACUUAAAAACGGGUCAAUGACUCGCUUAACAAUUGGUAAGACUGCAUUAACAGGAGCACACACUAAGGCUGUAUGUUGUGAAAAUGGAUGUUGUAUGCCAUUUAUUUAA